UCUAUUAGUUUAGAAAUUGAAGAUAAUAUGCAUAUAGAUAGGGUCAGCGGAUCGAAGAAGUCGUCCUGGAUCAGCGGGGGACCGAGCGAUCGGAGACGGAUUAGCGACUCGCUGGAUAAACAAUCGGAGAAGUCUUCUAUGUCUACAUCACAAAGAGGUCUUCGAAAUGGAAUCAGCAAGGAUAAUGAGAGACCGACAAUGAUUUCGACGCCUAUAUCUAGAAAGUUUCAGCAGCAGCAGCAGCAGCUUGAUAGCCGUGAUAAUCGUUCUUCGUCUACUCUAACCACUAUGAACAAAUGUUCUGAUGAUGAAUCUGAGACAGACAGUGAAGAAGAGUCUGAUGUUAGUGGAUCGGAUGCAGAUGAAACAUCUUGGAUACCAUGGUUCUGUAAUUUGCGGGGAAAUGAGUUUUUCUGUGAAGUUGAUGAGGACUAUAUUCAAGAUGACUUUAAUCUUUGUGGAUUAAGCAGUCAAGUUCCAUAUUAUGAGUAUGCAUUGGAUCUCAUUCUGGACAUUGAAUCCUCUAACAGUGACACUUUCAAUGAAGAACAGAAUGAGUUGGUGGAAUCAGCAGCAGAGAUGCUAUAUGGUUUGAUUCAUGUUCGUUACAUUUUGACAAGUAAGGGAAUGGCAGCAAUGUUGGAGAAGUAUAAGAACUUUGAUUUCGGAAGAUGCCCAAGAGUUUACUGUGCUGGACAGUCUUGCCUACCAGUUGGUCAAUCAGACAUUUCACGUUCAAGUACUGUCAAAAUCUAUUGUCCAAAGUGUGAAGAUAUUUACUAUCCUCGGUCCAAGUAUCAGGGCAAUAUUGAUGGGGCUUACUUUGGAACGACAUUUCCACACUUGUUUCUGAUGACAUACGGGCAGUUGAAGCCAGAGAAGACGAUUCAUAGCUAUGUUCCUAGGAUUUUUGGCUACAAAAUCCAUAAGCCAUAAAGUAGAACACAACAUAUAUGUCUGUUACGAAAGUCUUGCUUGCAAUUUUUAUUGUGCAAGUUGUGUUCAAACAUUAGAAAAUGUUGGUUCCAUUGUUAGGAAUCAAAGAUUUUUUUACUAUUUGAUGAAACAAAAACCUUAGACUUGAAAACUUCACUGUAUAUGCACAAUGAGAUCUUUUUAUGUAAGAUUUUAUUUCUUUGGA